UACGCCUGUUGCAGGCCCAGGAGUCGCAGGUGGCAUUCUUGAUCCCAAUGUCAGUGUGUUCCUUCCGAAAGAGACGGCUCUGAAGCGUAACCUUUUGGAUGAAGACCUCUAUCGGCAUUGAACCAGAGUCCUCAGUGUUACCUUGAUCCAGACACUGAGCGUGACAUCAGUUAUGGAGCUUGAAGAAAAGAUGCAAAACCGAGGCUCACACUGCCUGAAUCUUUUGCCAAUUGUUGAAAAGAAGGACCCCCUCCAAACUGAUGUUUUGAUGGUGUUCGCAAACCAGUCUCUGCACAGCAGUUGUUUGACUGUGGUGUGCUUGACAAGCUGACAUUUGAUCAACUAGUGAAAGGGGAAAAAACCAUUCAGCAGGUGUCUGAGGAAAAGAAGAUUUCCCUGAAGGGGGCAGGAUCAAUCGCUGGAGUGGCAGCUGGACUUUCAGGGAAAAUGCCUUUAUCAGAGGCAAAGAAGCAGAUGCUAAUGUCCCCCGAGAGUGCAAUUCUUCUGCUGGAAGGCCAGGUUGCCAUAGGCCAUAUUAUUGAUCCCACAUACAACCAAAAGCUGACAGUAGAGGAAGCAUUUGCAAGGGGAUUGGUUGAUUCCACAGAUCGAGAAAGGCUUUUAAAAGCCGAAUCUGCUGCUGUGGGCUUCCGGGAUCCAAACACAGGUAACCCUCUCUCUGUGUCUGAGGCAAUGAAGAAAGGAAUAGUUGAUAAGAAGACUGCACUGCGCCUGUUACAGGCACAGGAGUCAGCAUGGUGCAUUCUUGAUCCCAAUGUCCAGCGUGUUUCUUCCAAAAGAGACAGCUCUGAAGCGUAACCUUUGGAUGAUGAUCUAAAUCGUGCAUUAAAGCAGAAUCCUCCCUGUUACCGUGAUCCAGACACUGAACAGGACAUCAGUUAUGGAGCUCUGAAGAAAAGAUGCAAAACAGACCCUCAAACAGGCCUCAGCUUUUUGCCAAUUGUUGAAAGGAAAGACCCCUCCAAAUUGAUGUUGACGGUGUUCGCAAACCGGUCUCUGCACAGCAGUUGUUUGACUGUGGUGUCCUGAACAACCAACAUUUGAUCAGUUAGUGAAGGGGGAGAAAACAGUUUCACAGGUGUCUGAGGAGAAGAAGGUCUUCCUAAAAGGUACUGGACCAAUUGCUGGGAUAGCAGCUGGCACUCAUGGUAAUUUGUCUCUGUCAGAAGCAAAAAAACAAAGGAUUCUACCAGAGGAUAGUGCUGAUCUGAUGCUAGAAGCACAGGCUGCCACAGGUUAUAUCAUAGACAUAAAAACUGAUCAAAAGCUGACAGUAGAGGAGGCAUGUGCCAAAGGUGUGGUUGAUAUUAGAGAUCGACAAAAACUGUUGACAGCAGAGGCUGCUGCUGUGGGUUUUAGGGACCCCAAUUCACCCAAGCUACUUUCAGUUUUUGAAGCCAUGAAGAAGGGAAUCGUGAAUGACAAAACUGCACUACGUCUGCUACAGGCUCAGAGUCUGCCGGGGCAUCAUUGAUCCAAAUCUCAGUGUCUUCCUGCCAAAAGACAUGGCGAUAAAGCGCAACCUUUUGGAACGAAAACCUCCGUCGGGUUCUAAGCCGGAAUCCUGCUUGUUACUUUGACCCAGAAGUAGAACGUGAUGUUAGCUACGGGAGUCUGAAGGACAGAUGCAAGACAGACCCCCAGACAGACCUACAAAUCUUGCCAAUCACAGAGAAGUUUGACCCUCUAAACUAAUAUUUGAAGGUGUUCGUAAAACUGUCACAGCACAACAAUUGCUUGACUGUGGGGUCCUGGACAAAUCAAACAUUCAAACAAUUAAUAAACGACAAAAAACUGUACAAGAUGUGGCUGUGGAAUAAAAAGUGUUUCUGAAGGGUACUGGUGCAAUUGCUGGUGUGGCAGCUGGGCCUUUGAAGAAAAUGUCCUUUACAGAAGCAAAGAGACAAAACAUAAUGCCAGCCUGAGAGUGCUGAAUGGCUACUGGAUCGCUCAGGCAGCAACAGGGAAGGUACAACCCCUUGACAAAUGAAAAAUUAAGUGUAAAGAAGCAUGUGCCAAGGGAAUUGUGGAUAAAGAGGACGAGUCACAGCUGUUUGCGGCUGAAGCUGCAGCUAUAGGCUACAGAGACCCAAAUACUGGCAAUCUCCUGUCAGUUGGCCAGGCCAUGAAAAGAGGAAUAAUUGACAAGGAUGCAGCUUUGGUCUACUUCAGGCUCAGGAGUCUGUGGGGGGUAUUUUGGAUCCUGUCCUUGGUGUAUUCCUUCCCCAAAAUAUUGCUUUGGAUCGAGGUCUUAUUGAUGAGGACCUAUACGAGACCUUGAGUCAGGGUCCUGGAUGUUACAUGGACCCAGACACCCAACAACCAACUACAUAUGUCCUCUUUAAAGAAAAAAUGCAAGUCCGAUCCAAGUACAGGCCUCUUGCUUCUCCCUGAACCUAAAAAGCCAGUGACUGUCCAGGGACUCAGGGGCGAGGUUUCUGUCAUUGAUCUCAUGGAUGCAAACUUGCUGAAACGAUCUGACAUGGACAACUGUCUGAAGGUAACUGACAAGUCAAGACAUUGAAGAGCGCCUGCGACCCUACCGAGAGGUUCCACCUGUAUUGCAGGAGUUAUGAUGAGGCCAGUGAGAAGGUGUUACCAAUCUAUCAGGCAAUGAAAAUGGACUGUUGCGACCUGGAACUACCCUGGAGCUGCUUGAGGCUCAGGCUGCCUCGGGAUUUGUGAUUGAUCCAUAAACAACCUCUAUCUGACUGUUGGUGAAGCCUACAACAAAAAGCUGUUUGGGCCAGAGUUUAAGGAUAGCUUACUAAUGGCAGAAAAAGCUGUGACUGGCUACAAGCUCCCAGGUACAAACAAGUUAUCUCACUGUUUCAGGCUAUAGAGAAAGGUCUUGUGGAGAAGGGGCACGCAUUCGUCUGCUAGAGUGCCAGAAUUGCAGCGGUGGUAUAAUUGAUCCUGAAACACAGCCAUCGCAUUGAUGUAAAUGUUGCCUACAAAAAGGCUACUUUGAUGAGGAAAUGAACGACAUCUGACUAAUCAAAUGAGGACACCAAAGGUUUCUUGACCCUAACACAGAGGAAAAUCUCACCUACUUAGAGCUAAGAAACGUUGCAUCCCAGACAAGAAAACUGGCCUCAUCCUUCUGCCUAUCGUGGACAAGAAAAAGCUUGAGUCGACACUGAAGAACACUACAAGAAGGAGGAGAGUAGUAUCGUGGACCCAGACACCAAUAAAGAAAUGACAUGCGUGAAGCAUAUGACAAAGGCUAUAUUGACUACGAAACAUCAUAGAGCUGUCUGAGCAAGAGGGCGAAUGGGAAGAGAUUACAAUAAACUGCCCCUGAUGGUUCCGUGCGGUUUGUUAUCAUUGACAAAAAAACUGGGAGACAGUUUUGACAUUUCUGAGCUACUUGAAAGCGAAUCAUCGAUCAGUCAAUUCUAGACCAAUACCGAUCACGACAACUGACUCUUACUCAGUUCGCAGACAUCAUUGGCACUAAGACCAAACCUUCACAAGCUCGGCUUCUCUCUCAUCAUCAUCAUCAUCAUCAUCAACUUCAAGACCAUCACCUGCCUCAGGUGCAUCUUCUGUCAUAUCAUCAACAACAACAAAACAACAACGUCAAAUCAUCGUCAGAUAAGGCCUCAGAACCCUCUUCAGCCUCAAGAACAUCAAGAUUGAAACAUCUUUGAAUCCAUCAUCAUUUACUUCAUCGUCGUCAUCAGUUGUGUCACGCUCCAUGUCACCUACCUUCACCAAGAUGACCACAACAAAAACAACUAUUACAGAAAGAACUUCCUCAUUCAGCACCAGUAUUGCGGAAGAUGCACCUGAUAGUUUUAAGCACAUAUCCAGUGUAUCAAUCAGUCUGGCAUCUCCGACUGAAACAGGUGGCGAACAGGAACCUAUUGGUGCCAUUUUUGACACAGACACGGUGGAGAAAAUAACCAUCAUGGAGGCCCUAGACCGUGGAUUGGUGGACUCUAUCACUGCCCAGAGACUGCUUGAAGCCCAAGCAUGCACUGGAGGAAUUGUCGACCCCACAAAUGGAAGGAGAAUUGGGAUUCAAGAAGCUUCCCGCAUGGGCAUAAUAGAUGAUAAAAUGGCUGCAAAGCUAAAGCCUGCCCAGAAAGCCUAUUUUGGCUUUGAGGAUGUAAAAACCAGAAGAAAGAUGUCUGCAGCUGAGGCCAUGAAGGAGAUGUGGUUGCCCUAUGAAGCAGGACAGAGAUUCCUGGAGUACCAGGUUGUCACAGGAGGAAUUCAUGACCCAGAAGCAGGAUGCAGGAGAACCAUAGAAGAGGCCUUGAAAAAGGGUUGGCUGGAUGUAAGGUCAGCACAGAAACUCCAGGAUAUCAAAAGCCAUGCAAAGAACCUGACAUGUCCCAAGAGUAAACUGAAGAUAUCCUACAAGGAUGCUCUGGACAGCUGCCUGGUGGAGGACAGCACUGGGGUGAAAAUGCUCCAGGCAUCAUCCAUGUCCUCCAGAGGGAUCAGCAGCCCAUACAAUGCUGCCUCUGCACCAGGAUCCACUACUGGCUCCAGGAGCGGGUCCCGAAGAAGUUCUCGCAGGAGCAGUUUGGACCUGGGGUCCCCCACUUCCUCAGUGAGUUCUCGCUACAGUCUGAGCAGCGUCAGCACAGUCACUUCCAUCAAAUAAAUCCUCCUUUCUUACAAAUGAUUCGGAAUUUUCAUUGUUACAAACAACAUGGGGAGAUGUGCGCGCUACAUUUGCAUAAAAAACAUUUAAGGUUAGCUUCCGAAACCUUUUCCAUAGAUUUAGAUUCAUGCUUCGGUAUUGCUGUGCUUCAAAAUGCUUGAUUUUAAAAGGUUAAGAUAGGAAACAACAUGUUUGUGAAAGUCUACUAAAGAACAAACUGAAACCAUCUUAAUGUGUUGGAGUGGAAAUUAAAACAAUUGUUGAUUUAACUGUUGGAGUCUACAUAGAAGGCUUAAAAUAAUUGCCGCGUUUGUUUGCAUGCCUGUUUUUGAAAUGUACUUUAAAAAAAAAACAACUGGAUAAAAUGUCACUUCUUUACACUUCUUGAUGGUGUAGUAUUAAUGAUGCUUUCAUUUAUUUCCGCAGUCUAAAAAAAUUACUGAAUUUUGUUUUGUGCCUGUUUUUUUGGGGAGGGAUGCAUACAUUAGCUUCAAGGCAAGUUUUUUACGGAAUCACAUGUUAACUAUUGGUUUCUUGGUCUUAAUGCUUCUGGUUUUUGUAAGUUUUUCACACUUUCAAAAUAAAACCUGAGUUUUUCUGCUCAUGAACAUUCA